AUGAGGAUCAAAUGCCUGGCAGGUCAUCAGAUGCAUCGCGACGUCGUCCCGCGGUAUCCGGCGUCCGUCGAGAAGCUAGGCCAUUCCGAUCGGUGCGAGGGACAUCCGGAGUACGAUGCCACGAUUGCCUGCGAGUUGCUGGAGCAGAGGCGCGGAUCUGUACUAGAUCAAAGAAUGAAGGGUGAAGCAGGAGUGUGGGUGUUGAUACAGAUAGCCAUCAUGGUAGACAGGGCCGUUUUGUUUCCACGGUUAGAAGUUAUAUGCGAAGGGUAUAUGGGUCAUAUGUUCUACGAGAGCUCCUUAAUGGUAGCUUCUAAGUUCUACCCUGUUGGAAAGCUCGUCGUGGAGACUGGAGACUGGAGACUUCCGCCGACCCUCUCAUUGCCCCAACAUGAGAUGCUUCAGUCGUUUUUCGCCGGCGUGAGCUUUGCAAGCAGGCUUGUUGUUGGUGAGAGCUUUACUAUGGAGAGAGGAACAAGGAAUGGUCAGCACAGCAGAAAGAAGGGCGUGGUGAAGGCAUCUUGGCUGCGUGGAUAUCGAUAA